UUUUUUUGUAUCGCGCGCACACAAAACUCUGCCGCGUGUAACGGGGCGGUGGUGACGGCGGUGGUGGCCGCGGUUCGCUGGUUCAUUGUCACGCCGUAGGAGGAAAAGUGUUGUUCGCAAGUUGUGCAGAUACAAGAAGGACGGAGCGAGAGAGAGACGACUUUUGAAAGGAAAAUGAAGCAAACGGAAUCAAAGCGUUGGGGCGAUGCGAUGGCGUUGUUGACGGCUUGGCGACCUCACGUUAUUGGACCUUGAGGCCCCGAUCACUCUGCUCACUCUGCGGCAGCAAAUCUCAAACCCCGGACGGACGGACAAGCUGUGUGUGUCUGUCGUGGAGUGGUUUUUGAGAAAGGGGGGUGGUAGUGUAGGAGGAGGGUGGGGGGGGUUCAGUGAAAGGCGAGUUUAGAAAUCUCAAGGGGAGGGGUUGGGAAAUCUCCCUGUGACCCCCUCUCCCCAACCCCCCCCCCCCCCCCCGCACUGGGCCCCCUUGCCGAGUGUCUUCCCUGAGCCAUGAGUGGCCGCUUGGGUUUCCAGAACAACCGCAGGAUGCAGGAAAGGAGGAGAGUCCGAGUGUUGCUGCCCACCGGCGACGAUCUCUCCAUCAUCAUCCCCGUAAAGACGACCUGCCGAGAGCUCUUCUCCCAGGUGUGCGACCUCCUCAAGCUGAAGGACCCCAAUUUCUUUGGGCUCAGCGUUCUGACAAACAAUGAACACAUUUUCAUGGACCUUGAGCAGAAGCUGACCAAGUACUGCCCCAAGGAGUGGAAGAAAGAAGCCAGCAGGGGGAUUGACCACUUUGGGCCGCCCUUCAACAUUCACUUCCGAGUGCAAUAUUACGUUGAGAACGGGAAGCUGAUCAGUGACAGGGUGGCACGCUUCUACUACUACAACCACCUGAAGAGCCAGGUGCUGAGCUCGCAGUGCGCCCUACGGGAGGAGGCGUACUUCCUACUCGCGGCGCACGCCCUGCAGGCCGACCUGGGGGACUUCCGGCCUUCCAGGCACCAGGGCCGCUACUUCCAUCCAGAGGCCUACUUCCCAGCAUGGGUCAUCAAGAAGCGCGGCGGCGACUACAUCGUGAGGCACGUGCCAGCCAUGCACCAGGACCAGGCCGGAAUGUCUGCCAACGAGAGCCAGCUCUGCUACAUCCGCGAGGCGGCGAGGCUCGAGGAUGUGCCCGUGCACUUCUAUGCCCUCUUCAAGGAGAAGAAAGACGAUGAACCCACUUUGCUGUUAGGAUUGACUCUUAAAGGUCUCCAGAUUUACCAGGGACUGAGUGCCGAGAGCCAGCAGCUUUUGUACGACUUCCCGUGGUCAAAUGUUGGAAAACUCAUAUUCAUGGGGAAGAAGUUUGAGAUGGAGCCGGACGGACUGCCCUCAGCCCGGAAGCUCGUGUUCUACACGGGCUCGCCGCUGCGCUCGCGUCACCUCCUGCUGCUUCUCAGCACCAGCCACCGCCUCUUCAUGACCGUGCAGCCGCUGCUCAGACAUCUCCGGCGCCUCGAGGACUCCGAGGCGCAAAAGCGAUACCGCGAGUCCUACAUCAGCGACGCCCUGGAGAUGGAGCUGGAGCGGCUGGGAUCGAGGGCCAGGAGCAGCGGCGAGAGCAGCGGCGAGAGCAGCGGCGGCGGCACCAUCAGCGGCGACGGCAGCGUCGUCGCGGGCGGCAUCGCGGCCGGACGGGCCGGCGCUGGCUCCUUCAGCAGCGUUGGCAGCACCAACACGUCGGGCAUCGAGUCGGACGCCAAAACGCAGCCGGGGAAGGAGCCCUGUUCGCGCUUCCUGCGGAGUCCCGGCUCGGAGAGGAUGUCGUGCGUGUCCGCCGGGCGCAAGGGGCCCCUGCAGGCGUGCAGCUCGGUGGACAGCCACAGCAGCUCGCACACGUCCGGCGUCGGGAGUGCCGGGCAGGAGCACCCCGAGGGCGACUCUCCUCUCCACGAAGUGGAGAUGCUGGUGGACGACCCCAGCGACUUGGUGUUCCUUCAGCGAGCGGACAGCACGGAUGACUCCAUCUCCUCCACCUACAUCUACGUGACCCAGGAGGACCUGGAGACUCCCUGUGUUAACACGCACGCCGGGCUGGUGGUAAAGAUGUUGAGUUGUGGCUUAUCAGAGUCUCCGGAUUUACUGCAAGGCAGCCCAGGCAUAACGUCCUCGCACAAAGGGCAGGCUGCGCAGAAGGCCCAGAGUCCAAAGACGGGACGGUGCCCUCGCCCGGCGUUCGGAGCGAAGACGUCAAAACUGCCGGAGACUUCCUUCCCAGCGGGGCGACCCUGGCCCGCAGUCUCCGCGUCGUCUGCCGCCAUGGCCUUGCUGGACGACGAGUCUCUGCCCGAGUUUGUGGUUUGACCCGUGGAGCUACUCCCCCUCCCCUCGGCCCCCUUGGUUUCGAACCGUGGCUUCCACGUCUAUACAUAAAUAUAUUACGUCGUCCUCGCGCCAAGCAAUGCCUUGACUAUUUUCGAAGCUCGUCAAAAAACGAAGGUGGGCGACCGGCAAGCUCUCGCAAAGGGACAACCGCAGCGUCGCUGCGAUUGCCGGUGAAUCGCCAUAAAAUCUUCGCCACAAAAGAUUGCCAACACCACCGCCGCAUGGCCUGCUUCUAUAUGAUGGGUGCCUUAGGAGUUGUUCUUUUUGCAUAUAUAUAUAUGUGAAUUAGCAGAUGGCGCUUAUUUUUACGUAACUUGUAUUAUAAUGUGCCCGCAAUGGUUGUAGUUGGAAGGGGUUCAUGAGAAAGUGGUAUACAUAGAUGAGAGGAAGACCAAAUGUGGGCAGCGUUGGCUUCAGUGCAGGCCAUUUGAAAGUCAAGCCUAGCAUUCAUCGUCAAAGUCGUUAGUGGUCAGCAUGGCCCUUGUUUUGACGCUCUUACCUCUCUUUGUUCUGCAAUGUAAUCCGACAAAUACGGUCGCUUGUCUGGUAUUCCCCCAAUAGGGCGUCCCUCUUGCAGAGUUCACCGGGGUUAAGAGAGCCGCCUAAUCCAGGAACCACAGGGCGGGACACCAAUCCAUUAUGGUGCGGCGAAGGCAUUGGGCAGGUGUGAAGUGUAUCCAGUAGCAAUGGACAGGGAAUUAUUUUCUAAAGCAAACAAACGCAAAAGCGUACACGUGGUGAAGAGGCAUGGAGGUGUACAUGGAAACGAUUUGGAUGCUUGUGCGCUUGACCGACCGAGUCUCUGAAAUUAUCUUGCGCCCGUUGACUAACCCGUGCACGUCCGGUGCUGCGUCCGUGCUCAACCCGAGCGUUGGCGAAACGUCAAAUGUUGCGCGCCAUGUGCAUAAUUUACCUCCUCCCACGCAUAUUUCCAUGGCAGCGUCAUAACGGGGCACAUGCAAUCAAUUAUGCUUCCAUUCUAAAACAAUGCCAAGUGUGUAUUCUGUUGAGAAAAUCAUGACAGAUUGUAGGGAAGAGGAAAUAAUUGCUCUUCGAGGAAGCUCUCUAAACUAAUAAUGAAAAUGUGUUUUAUUUCAUCCAUAGUUUGCAAAAAUCUACAGAGAAAACAGCCCUUUAAAAUGUGCCACUCCACUGUGUGGAGGCUUGCUCAAUUUGUAAAAUUAAUGGCAGCGUAGACGUAACAUGUGUAGACGUAACAUGUGUAGACGUAACAUGUGUAGACGUAACAUGUGUAGACGUAACGUGUGUAGACGUACCAUGUGUAGAUGUAACAUGUGUAGACUUAACCUGUGUAGACGUAACAUAUGCACCAACGCAUCCCCGACAGUGUCCCAUUCGUUUUUAUUUUUUUUUACUUGAAAAUGCCACCGAUAGCCAUGAGUGAGCCCUCUUCGUAUUCUAUAUUAUUAUUACAAAUUGCGCCACGGCUUCAGUAAUUACAUCAGCGGGCGUGAAACCGAAUCGGUUUUUGAAAAACUGCUCCAAUUAUUAACCAGAGGGCGGCAGCAGCGGCGGCGGCGGCAGCAGCAGCAGCACGAAGACACCACCAGAGCAUCGAAUCUUUUAAGUGGGGCUCAUGGGGGGUCAACAGGGGUCAUGCAAGGGGCGGCAGUGGCAGUGAACGAUUGUUCUUUGGGAUAUUGCUAUCGACCCCUUUUAUUAAUGUUUCUGUGAUGUCUCAUCAUUGCAAAAGUGUGUGAGUGUGUUUCGUUUUUUUCCUCCGCGUGCUAUUCGGUUUGACGAUGCCGUUGUGCGAUGAUGGUAAGCACGCUGGAUUUGCAAUCCGAAAGUCGCCAGUUCAAUUUGCGUUCUUGAAUCCCUUCACCCCUGUGCAGCCAGCGGUGUAAAUCAGCACACCAGUUUAAUAGAUGGGCAGGUUGUGUGGGUACUCCUACCGCUUCCAAAGCAUCUGGCUAGCAUGGAAGAGUAGGCCAAAUACCGUUAGGAAUGGCUCUUUCUGUAGCUCAGUCUAGUGGGGGAGACCCUUCUGCCAGCAGUGGCAUGUAUUGCAAGGCUGCACCUUUUUGCUAUUUGGUUUGGUUUCCCAACUUUAGCAGUAUUGCAGCAGAGACUUGAGUGCAGUCUUAUGUUGUAAAUUUAAUCGGCGGUUUUUCGUAAGUUGACCGGUUUUCUUUUACCCCGAUUAAGUAGUGAUCUCCCCAAAGCUUGGCGUAAUGCUGUUUGUGAAGAAUAUUGUCGGCAAAUACAUUACGCCAAGGAACUUUACGAAAGGGGUAAAAAGCAACACAUUGAAUAUCCCGCAGUACUAGAUUAUGGAGUGCAAUUGCAUGUAGGUGGGAGGGAAGGGUAGGCAGUCGGUGCACUGCGCUAUGAACCAGGUGACCCGAGUUCGAUUCCCACAGUCGACACCAGCGGCGUUGGUCACCGCACUGGUCGUGGGCUACCCGUUCACCGACCCGCACUGACCAACGUGGCCAAGUAUGGUCAAGCAACUCAUGGCAGAGAGGCAUGGGGGGGACCUUCAUCCAGCAGAAGGUUGACAGAAAAGUUGUAAAAAAUAUAUAUACACGUAACGUACGUGUCAUGUAUAUAUAAAUUGUAAAGAUGUGUUAUUCAUACUUGCUCAUGGGUGCAAGCUUUAAAAAGGCUGCUUUUUCUUUUUUUAAAGGGCUCUCAAUGUGCAUAUGAAGGAAGACGAGAGACAGAUUGCCGCCCGUGACGCGGUGAUGAGCGCGUGCGCUCCGCUUCAAAGAUUUCUCGUGGAGGAGUGGUAGAAUUCCAAAUGCGGUGGGAAUGGAAGGCGAUGAACUCUGGGAGAUCUCGCGUGGAAUUUAAAUCUUCACAGCAGCCCCAUUUAUGAGCGACUUGAGGCUGAUGGAUCAGUCGCACAGCCAGCCCCGGCUGCUUGUAUGAAGCCUGGAAACGAGGGAGGUGAAUUUCUUUCAGCAAAAGGCUUAAAUCAGUAUUAUAGUAGCACACAGCGCACCGGAGCGCACCGUGACGCAGAAUUCUUAGACAAGUCCCAUGGACGGUUUUGCCUUGUGCGUGCAGUGCUUGUACAGUACCAAUUUGUGCACACUGUCAGCCGUGCAUCGCAUGGCCUCUAAUGUGGUACAAGGAGAGCGAAACGGUAAUUGAACAGCGGUGAUUUAGUGAGCGAUGUUCGGAGUGUGGGAGAGCACUUCGGACACAUGGUAGAAAGACCAUCUCUUUUAGCUCAACUCUCACAUUGAACAGAUCCCUGCUGCAGAUAGCUGGGGGGGGAGCAACUGGCAGCUGUCGUGAGUGUUCACACGCCCUAAAAUAUUUUAGAUGCGGCUAUAGAGACCCCACAAAGUUUUCGACGAAAACCCGAUCAUUUUGGGGGUCUGCGUAUUUCUCCCGUCCACAAGGUGAUAAAUGCUGAUAAUGCUGAUGACGGGAACUAGUAGUUGUGCAGUAGGAACUCAUCUGUGCCGCAGAGGUGGGGAUGAACUUGGUGCAUCCUAUCUGUGAUCUCAGCGAUAACCACCGGGGAAAAAAUGUGCCAGUUGGAGGACACCCCCCUACUUGGAAAGUGUGGCUUCGUCCCUGAUAGACGGUGCACUUCGAACAGGCCUGACCACGGUUUACACUUCUUGCAAGGUUGGUGUCGCUUGACUUGUGUGACGCAUAGCUCAGCGGUCCAUAAUUUGUAUGCACAAUGUGACUUACAUGAUGAACUUGGCAUUUUUACUUGUUGUUCUUGUCACUUUAAUAAGUAACAAGCGGGAGUCGCAAAUGGUGCUCGUCAAACUUGGUGCUCAUUGUACAGGGCGAAGUGACGGUGGUGCAGCGAUUGUUUCUGAGCAAUAGGGUGUCCUCGAAAUAGCGGGCUCAUUCAGGGGGUGGGCUACCCUGGUGAAUCUGUUGACCUUAACAAAAGCCAAUUAUUUCCACGAUGCCCAUUUAGGGGCUGUAAUUGUAUUAUUGCUGUUGCUCUUUAUUUUGUAGCAAGUAUUUAAGAGCAAAAAAAAGGAACGGUAACAAAAAAAUAACACACCACUGAAAAUACUGAAAGUCACAAGUCAUCUCUUGAACGCCCCAUACGAUCUUCUUGGUUCUUUCGGUAAAGUCACGUAGAAGGGAAAUAAUAAAAUAAUAAAAAUAAAACAUAAUAAAAUAAUUCUCACGACGUUUCGGCCACAACGCAAGCAGCCGUCCUCAGGUGAAGAACAGGUCUGUCGGAAAUACAGCGUCUGAAUGGGUAUACCAUACGAUGCCACGCGGUCGUUGCUGUACGGAGCUAACCCGGGACUGGCCGCUGUGUGAAGUUCACACUGGGCGUGGAGAUGCAGCUGACAACGAGCCAGCAUUGCGUUACACGCUGAUCGCUUUCACCUCCAGGAGAACGAGUUUCAGUUGAUUCCCAAUAGGCCCGUUAGAUUGUGGUGACGCGGUAUAUGUCCACUCGCAUUAUUUCGACGACAAAGCGAGUUAACAACGGAGCACGGGCGGUGUGCAAUGAACGUUUGUGACCAGAUUUGACAAUUGGUUUGUACACGAUCACUGCAGAGUUUGUUGAAUGGUCAUGCCCUGAGUUUGUUGCAAGGAUCGAUGGCAUUCUUUACUAUGGAGAGAGGCAAUUGGAAUACUUACAUCAUGGUCAAAGUAUCAGAUGUCAUUGUCUCCUUGCUUACCAGCACAACAGUUUAAAAAUGAUGUUAAAUGUAGUAAUACCAUAGAAAAUUAGGUAUGUAACAACGCAUCGAUUAACAUACAUUCUUACACUUAAGUUACGUGAAACAUGCAAAUCAUGUGCUGAUAAUGCUACAAUUAGUCUCAGUAUGCCACAAACAAUGCAACACAAUGCAAGCGAGCCAAUAUUGUCAACGGCAUGCGUCAAACCAAUACAAGAAAUGAUCGAUUUUUGAAUCGAGUUGUGACACUAAACCAUGACAAUUUAUGGAAUUUCUGAGAAGUUAACGAUUGCAUGUCUAACAGUAAUCACAACUCUCUAUUGUAUAGACCCUGGGCCGCUGGGGGGGGGGGGGCUAGUAUUGUUCACGGGAGGUCACUGUAACACUGCUUUAAAACAGUGUCACUUCAUCAUUGCCCCGUGAAUCAUUGGGCAACAGCAGUGGCUAAUGAACGAGAAGGGGAAGCAGGCAAUUUAGUAAGCUCACAAAAAAUAUCCAGUUAAUGAUGAUUAACACGAGAGACGUGUUUUUUGACGGCUAAAUCACGAGAGGAAAUCCCCGGCAUGCUCUGCACACCAAGAUGACGGCACCAUUCUCACAUAGAUUCUGCCCACUGUUAUUUGUCCACUUAUUGCGGUGCCAAUGCCCGAGGUGGCAAGGUUUUGUGUCCGGCAUGUGGGAGACGGUGCUAUCUGAUGUAACAGCCACACUGGGUUUGGCCAUGUCAGCAAAAACAAAAGUAUAGUGUCGUGAUCACCCUUUGGCUGAUUUAUUCAUUCAUCCCCUGAAUUGUGGUGGGACAGCUGUUGUAUGCUAAGCUGGACAAUGGAGGGAGCGUUGUGUGCCGUGUUCACGACGGUGGGAAUUCACCGCUUUCGUGCCGCGUCUCCCAACGACGAAAUGUUUCCCGAGCGCCGUGGGGUUGUCUGCAAGUGGGUCCGAUGUUUUCAGUAUUACAAUAGCACCUUUUUUUAAUAUACACGUUAAGUAUUUUUUUUAUACAUUUUUUUGUCAUAUCUGAAAUGUAUAUUUUUCUACGCGUUUAUAUGCGAAACUUCGUUUGAGUAUUCAAUGCAGUGCAUCUCCACUUAAGUGCUUUGAUUUGUAAGUGUAUUUACAGUGCAGUAUAUUAAUUUCCUAGCCUGCAGAGUACUGUAUAUAUCUGCAAUUACAGAUUUUUGAAUAAAAUUUAAACCUAUGAUAUAAAACCACUCGUGAAAUGCUUUGAUGAUAAACCUUCUUCAUUGGUCACAGGCCGAGUUUAAAAUGCCGAACGUGUUUUGACCUCUGAGUGUUGCACAUUGCUAUAAUAAAAUGCUGUUUUUCA